AUGACUCGAGUCGCUAGAAUUCCACCGGAACUCAUCCACCACAUCCUUGCCUAUCUCGUUCCUUCCUGGGACUGGGGCCAAACGUAUUAUACGUGGAAAGCUAUUAAGGAGCUCAAGCCGGCGCAUGCCCAUGCUUUUUGGUUUCUCAAUCUAAGACUAGUCAAUCGAAGUUUCAACACAGUCGUGCUUGAUCUUUUUGCUGACGUGUUGGCGAACGAUUUCUACUCCACAGAUGCUCUCACAGAAGACCCGCAAACGGACUCGAUGAUGGCAAUGGGAAGGCGGAUCUUGCAGCAUCUUGUCACCUCCGUUGCUGGCGAUCAUUACUCUAGUAAGACAACCAGAAGAACAGGGGGGGAGAGUCCGCAUCGCUUGGUGAAUAUGAUCAUCCAGAUCGGGGAGCGGGCUGCUGCACUGCUUUCGGAUCCCCGUCUGGAGGACGAUGAGGAUCUACGCGAGGCUUAUACCGAAGGUGCCAUUGCAACUCUUACUGGGCUCACAGGCACUGAUUUGCUCCUAUUUCUUAAUCGCCGGUACCUGGCAGGAAUCGAGGCGGUUGACUACGACGAUAAGGAUGCAGCGUCCGCGGUCCUUAUGGUGGCCGCCUAUCUAGGCCGUCGCGACCAUUUAGAGCGAUUACUAGCCAUCGACAGUGGCCAGGAUAUCAACUUCCAUUGCUUCGAGAAACAGAUCUGGCCACCGCUCACGGCGGCGUGCUUAGCAGGGCGUCUGGGCCUAGUCGAGUUCCUCCUCGAGAGAGGAGCUGACCUACAUAUUCGUCCCGAUUCCGAUAGGAUGGGGUGGUCAUCUGUGGGAAUGAUGGAGAUUGCCGCGCGAGCGGGACAUGCACACGUCGUGGACUUUCUGAUUCACAACAAUGUCUCAGCGACCGGCGAUAAUGCGACGUAUGCUCCUCUUGCGAUUGCUGCGGGGGGACGGCAUAUCAGCACUCUCCGGCUUCUCCUGAAAUUACCAAAUAUUGAUCUCAUUGGUCCAUAUGGUGUUGAAUAUUCGGCAUUCUUCUUGGCUAUUGAGAGAGGAUAUGGGGAUAUUUUGGACGAACUGCUGAAGAGAAAGGACCUUGACGUGAACAUGACCGGCACGAUUUACGGGGUGAUGGAUGCGACAGCGUUAGCGGUCGCCGCUGGACUGGGCCGGGAGGAGCUGUUCAUCACUUUGUUCGAGCAUCCUGGAGUUGACCGGACCCAAGUGACGGUGCUCAAGGCCGCAAUCGAAGGAGGAAAUCUCAAUAUCCUCAAGAGGAUUGUAGAAGAAGUCCCCGAGUGUUUCGAGGAAUGCAGGAAGGUUUUCCCCGCGGAGACAGCUCUAUGCAAAGCAGCAGCAGAUGGUACUGAAGAGACCGUGCGAUAUCUACUCACGGUCGAUGAGCAGUCAAUCUGUAGAGGAGACUUGUACGGCCAAACACCUCUUCAUCGCGCAAUCCUCUCGGGGGCUCUCGAAAACGUCCAAGCACUGCUGGAGCAUCCAGAAAUGGACCAGGAAUGUUUCGCUAUGGCCGACAACAGGGGAAGGACAUGUCUUCAUCAUGCAGCUGAGAGCCAUCGGAACCCAGACAUCCUGCAGGCCCUGCUGAACCGCCCAGAUCCCAAUAUAAAUGCCCGGAACAGCUUCGGCCAGACCCCGUUUGCGGUCGCCGCAUGGCAUGGCGCGGUUGACAUGUUCAAGGCUCUUCUUGCCAGGGAAGACGUCAUAAAAGAUUCGCUUGAUGAUUUUGGGAGGAACCCCUUCAUGAAUGCCGCAGCGGGAGGCGCGGAGGAGAUCAUUGACAUCUUCUUCCAACUAUCGCUACCGCAGACAGAGGUUUGGCGCAGGGAUAAGGAUAACAGGACUGCGCUACAAUGGGCUGUCCUGAAUGGCGGAGACAAUGUUGUGAAGAGAUUACUUGACCCCGACAUUGGAGCAACCGAGGAGAUCGUUCGAGACGCUCUGCGAGAUGCCGAGACGUGGUUUGCUCGCUGGAUUGAGGACAAAGAGGCUGUUUGGGGCUCACCAGCGGAGUGGGUAGACUGGUGCCUGGAGAUGAAGAGGAAGAAGAAGGACAUCAUCAAGAUAUUGUCGGAUGCGUUAGAGCAUAGACUGAAAUGUCGUUAA